AUGGGGCCCGAGGCGGCUGCCGGAGCCCGGGAGGCGCGGGGACGCCCCUGCCACUGCCCCGCCGACGGCCCCCGCGGGUCCCCGCCGCCGCACCGGCCGGAGAGUUCCAGCCCCGCUCCUUGGAGACCCUGGAUGCUGACACCCACAGAUGCGGAGCUGGCCAGAACCAGGAGUCGGGAACCUGGGGGUGAGCCACAAACUUUGGCAUCAAAGGGAGCCUUUGGAUUUCAGCAUCCUGUAAGACUUUACUUACCCAUUUCAAAGCGUCAAGAAUACCUGCAGAGCUCUGGCGAAAGAGUGCUGGCCAGCUUCCCAGUGCAAGCCACCAUCCACUUCUACAACGAUGAGUCUGAAUCUGAGUCAGAUUCAGAUGAGGAUCUGCCAGGGAAGGAAACCCAGCCUUUGGAUCAUCAGUGCCAGGAGGUGGACAAUCUCCAGGAAAACAGCUCAGGGGCAGAGAGCAGAGCGGGCAGAUGAACCCAGCGGGAGAGAGGGGCAGCCAGCUCCCCCCCCCACACACACACACAGUGGCUCUACAGAGGAUAUUCCUUUCCCAGACAGUGGGGCCUCUCUCUGCUAGGCCAGCCCAUGUGGGGCUUGGUCUG